AUGAGUGAACAACACGACAAUCCCGAGUCAUCAUACCGCCCAAGCAGCCCAGAUCUAUCAGGCUUCACAAAUGCCAACGCCCCACCACCCAGACUAGCUCGAAUUCCAAGCUACAACGUGCCGGAUCCAAGUUUCCCGCCAGGCUAUUCGUUCAGUCCCAGAGGUAGCUACGACGCAUCGCCCUUCUUUUCCCCUUCGACUGCUACGCCCUCGACAUCAUAUUUUGGUUCACGCCCUCCACCACAAAGCCAAUUCUCGCAACAAAGCCCCUACUCACCUCAAACUUUCCGCACCCCGAGCUUACCAGGGCAGAAUCCUAUUCAACAUCCUCCACCCUUUCAGUCUCGUCCCUUGGGUCAACCACCAUAUAACCCAUCACCGCCACAGUACCAGCACUCGUUGUCAGGAUCACCAUUCAAUCAAAAUCCGAAUCAGCAGUACUUCCCACCCCUCCCGGCUCAGGUCACGCAGUACGGAGAUAUGCCCCGAACAAGACGGCAACAAGCCGCCGAGGCACAACAUGACCCGGACUUCCAUGUCGACGCAUCUCCCAAGAAUGUCGUACAGCCCAAAGCCGAGCCAGACCUGCCUGUUCAACCAACCAUGCCUGCCGCCCCCAUAGAUUUGACAGCAGGUAUCGAAGUCAGGACAAAAUUUCCCGUUGCCCGUAUCAAGCGCAUCAUGCAAGCCGAUGAGGAUGUCGGCAAAGUUGCCCAAGCCACUCCUACGGCGGUCGCCAAAGCCCUUGAGCUCUUCAUGAUAGCUCUGGUCACGAAAGGUGCAAAGGAAGCAAGAAACCACAACUCCAAGCGGGUCACAGCACAGCAUCUCAAGGCAGCACUCAUGGACGAUGGCCAAUUUGACUUCUUGAACGAGAUCUGCGAGAACAUUCCCGAUGAGAGUUCGAAGAAGGCCCGUGCCAAGUCUGAAGCCAAGAGCGAAGAUAGCGAUGAAGAUAUAAAGCCCAAAGGGAAGGCGAAGGGUGGAAGAAAGAGGAAAGCCGACACCGAUGAUGAAAGUGACUGA